UUGCCUUUGCAGGGGACUCCGAGGAAGUCGAAGCUGCAAGCGGGAAAUAAAUGACCAAUGAGGCCGCCUCUGUCUCCUUAUUAUGCUUCGCCUCCAAGGAGAGCGACGGAGUCUCGGCUCGACACGGGUUUUGAGGCGCACGUAUGAAUCCAGAGCCGCCCAAGGGCUUGCCAGGGGGGAGUUUGGAUAGGGAGGAUAACCAGAGAAAGAGAAGUUGGCUAAACUACGUGGAGCCUUGGAUUGUGAAUCUUCUGCGAGAGUACAAAGCGCCUCAAGCCAGAGAAGAUGGGCAAUUUGGACAUGUCCUGAAGGUUUUGAAUGAUGGAAAAACUCUACCUCCUGGUGAAGAAUGCGCAGCAGUUGUUCUGCGCAUUGCCGAUAAGAGCCACUACAUCCGGGUAGUUGUUGAAGCCAGAGCUCUUCAGAUGACAACACGCUCUCUACCACAGGCCGGAUUUUCCAAUAUUGUUGGCCAAUUCAUCAUCCUACAGAAUUAUACAGUGUGUUUUAAAGAGGCAACUAACGUGGAGGAUUGUGAAUUUUACCUCACGCUUAGUUGUUUCCGAGUGAUACCCAUAAAGAAGGAGGAAAUGAAACAACAGGACUGCAAUCGGGAGCCAUCUGUGCUGCAGAGGAUCAAAGAAUUGUGGCAGAAAAGCUUUGCCUUGCAGCCCUUGCAUAAUUCUGCACCAUCAUCUGUUUCUACAGUACUGCAAGAGAUGAAGGAGGAUAAACUCAACACUUUAAAACAAAAUGUCAAGGAUUGCCUCGGUUUAUUGGAUUCUAUCAAUCAGCUUAAUUCUGAGCAAUUGGCUGAAUAUCCUGAAACCAAAUGGCAGGUGGAACGCAAACAAGAUAAGGUGCACCAGGACAUCUUUACAGUACCAGCAAAACACUUGGUAAUCAGUGCAGAAAAUGAGGAAAUACUUCGCAAGUGUUACCCACAAAAGACUUGUCAUGUUGUUCUUGACACUAAUGAUAGCACCCAAGAUGAUGACCGCAGUACUGUGUCCUUUUUCAGUGCGGAAAGUGAAAGUCUGGAUGGCUCCUUAGGAAAUCCUUGGGACAUAUGUCCAGCAAUGACUUUGACCUCUUCCAGUGACAUAUCUGGCACCCCACCUGGCCUUCCACACAUACAGGAGAUGCCUCUGGCCAGAACUGCUGAGGAAGAGACUCAAUGUUCCAGCAGCUGCACCCCAGAUUUCCUGGAGUCUUGUGCUCAUCGAUUCCAUUGUAAUUCUGAGCAGAUUAAAUCAGCAGAGGCAGUGUCUCCACCACUGUUUCCCUCUCAGAAGAAAGCAUCACCCAAGGAACCUGACUGUUGUGAUUCCAUUCCUCUUGAACUGAACAAUGCACAUAACACCAGCAAAAUGCCAGGUACUUAUGAGAGCAUUCCCUGUUGUCAGCAACUAAAGAAUUCACAUUCCCACACCACUGUGUCUGGUCUCUCUCCUGUCAACCUUCCCAUGGUGAAUGACUCCUCUCUUGGACCCUUGCUUGAAAAUACAUUGGAAGAUAAUAUGCAUUGUUUAUGUAAGAAUAAAAUGGUGGUGACAGAAGCUAAGGGAGAAACUCUGGAUAGAGGAAGAAAAGGUGUGGCAGUGAAAAGGAAACAGAUUAUUCUAGAUGAGGGUAAACAUGAAGUUUUCACCACUCCAACUCAUACCAGACAAAAAUCUGUGGGAUACCCUUCUACCAAAGCAUUUGUAGAAUCCAACACAUUAGAUAAAGUCCGGGAUUGGAAACUGCCUUUAGAAUUUGUAAGCACCCCCAAGAAGAGCCGGACUGAGAAGACUCAAGUCCAGCAUUGUCCAACAGUGGAGUCCAACAGAGUCCAACAUCUCUACAAAUAUACAGAGACACACCAGGAAAAAGAGAGGAAGCAAGGGACAGCAGAAGGUACUACUGGAAAUCCAGAACAACAAAUUGGAGUUCAAGAGCAGGAACGUGUGAGAAGACCUCCUUUUUGUGGUACAUAUGAGCCACCAACACCUGAAAUUUGCUCCCAAGUGCGCUCUACAAGGAUAUCAAGAGCAUUGCUGGGAUGGGCACGCUGGGUUUUCAGCAAUCUGGAGGGCCAAUAGCUUUCACGGAUGAGCCUUGUCCAUUUCAGAUGUCAUUUGCCUAGACACCUUUGCCUCUGUCUUUUCUUAAUGGUUAAUAAUAUUGUUCUCCUUUUUAUCUUAUUUGUAUAUGUGAAGAACUUCGAUGUUUGGUUACUUUCCCCCCUCUUUAUUUUGCAUGUACUUUUUAUUAUUAUAUUGUGUUACUUAUUUGCAUUUUAUCAUUGUGUUACUCACUUCUGAGAUUAUUUCUCCUGUUAAAUAAUUAGGGAAUGUUCAUGUGUUAUUGAGAUUAAAGUUUGCUUUCUGAA